AUGCCGGGCUCAGUGGCAAGCGAUGAAUUUGAGGAUGAUGAGCUCUUUAUCGUGGACAUCGACACAAUCCAAUCUCAUGGAAUUGGCGCAGCCGACAUCACUAAGCUGAAAGCCAGUGGCUUCUACACUGUUGCUUCCGUCCAUGGCGCCACGCGCAAGACACUCCUCAAGAUCAAAGGAUUCAGCGAGGUCAAGGUUGAGAAAGUCAAGGAGGCCAUUCAGAAGUGUCUGCCUUCUGCAUCUGGAUUCAUCACUGCCAUGGAACUGCACCACCAACGCAAAAGAGUCGUCCGUAUCUCGACAGGCAGUAAACAAUUCGACUCCAUCCUCGGCGGCGGCUUCCAAAGUAUGAGCAUAAGCGAAGUCUUCGGCGAAUUUCGCUGUGGCAAAACCCAACUCUCACACACAAUGUCAGUAAUCGCCCAACUACCCACCGAACUAGGCGGUGCAAAUGGCAAAGUCGCCUACAUCGACACAGAGGGUACAUUCCGCCCAGAGCGCAUCGCCCAGAUUGCAGAGCGGUACGGUGUCGAUCCAGAAGCUACGCAAGAGAACAUUGCCUAUGCCCGUGCGCUGAAUAGCGAGCAUCAGCUUGAGCUUUUGAACACGCUUAGUCGUGAGUUUGCUGGUGGGGCUUUUCGCUUGCUUGUCAUUGAUAGCAUUAUGAAUUGCUUUCGGGUUGAUUAUUGUGGGCGUGGAGAGUUGGCGGAUCGGCAGCAGAAGUUGAAUCAGUUCUUGAUGAAGCUGGCUCAUAUGGCUGAAGAGUUCAACGUCUGUGUCUUGAUGGUGAGUAUCAUUAUCCCCGUUCAUGCUUUGCAUGCUGUGGGCCUGGCUUAUAAUGCUUGUCAGACAAACCAAGUCCAGAGUGACCCUGGCGCUAGUUCUCUCUUUGCCGGUGCUGAUGGCCGCAAGCCUGUCGGUGGACAUGUUCUUGCUCAUGCUUCUACUACUCGUGUGCUUCUUCGGAAGGGUCGUGGAGAGGAGCGAGUUGCGAAGAUCCAGGAUUCCCCUGACUGCCCUGAGCGCGAAGCAAUCUAUAUCAUUACCAAUGGCGGUAUCAAUGACCCUGACAAGGUUUGA